AUGCGUUUGCCCAUUGCAUUACUGCUGCUCAGCUUGUUGGUACUUGCUGCUUCUGACCCGGUCAAGUCGCAGAACAAAGAGAAAACGUUGGCAGCCGCAAAGGCGAAAAAAGUGAACUCUUUAACUGACAAAGAAAAUGAUCAGUCUAUAACGGUGGCGGAGUUGGAGGAGAACGCUGGUGUCGCAGAGGACAACGACGAAGACGAAGAAGAAGCGGAAGAGCCACCGAGGAAGAAGAAGACCGGCAAGCAGGCGAAGGACGAAUCGAAAUCAGAUAAGAAGUCUGAAAAACCAUCGAAAAAGAACAAGAAGAAGGUAAGUCUUUCCCUGCUUGCUCAUUAGUGUGCUCACUCACUCUGCUUCAUCUGUCACCCUGUGUUGCUUCACCGUAUGUACACGUCUUGUUCAGAUACCAACUGUGUCCGAUAAUGCGUCCAUACCUAAUAUGACGUCGUUUGACUUUUUUGAGAUGGCUCGUGAACACAGAAUUGACAAGUUGAGAGAGAUUAUCAAUGAUACUCCAACGGCCGACAUUGAAAAGUUGCGACAGGUAACGUACUUGCACUUGUGCCUGGUGUCUUCGCGUGCGUGCUUGUGUUUUCCCGUUGUGGCCGAGUGAUGUUGUUAUCAAUCAAAAUUUGUAUACGUAUGUAGCAACAGCAAAAAUGAUAACAAUAAUAGUGGAUGACGUGAAAACAAUCGAAAUUGUUCAGAUUACUGAAGAGGUGAAUGCGGAGAGUGUGGAAGAUGAUGACGUCAAUGAGUAUGAGGUAGAUUACGCGAGGAAAAUGAAGUUUUGGACUGUGUUUUUUCUUUGCAGGCUUGCAACCGUGACACUUCAGGAGAUAGUGAACUCUGCCAUUGCGACAUGGAGGAAAUCAACUGCAGCUCGGUGAGCUCACAUUUCCCCCAAUUAUAUUUAACUCCAGUCUCAGGUUAUUCUUGAUGCCGAGGAGCCAAAACUUCACACCAUGGACUUGCUGAUCAAGAAGAAGGGCUUUAUCCCAUACACCGCGAAUUUCUCGGAUAACGCUAUCGUCAGACUUCUUAGAGUGAGUCACAACAUUUGAGUACACUGUGACCGUUCAACUCUGAUUUUGCAGGGAAAGAUUCUGCCAGGCAACGAGGAGCACAUUUCGAUUUUGGACAUUUCGUACAACCAAGUUCGGUUUGCCGACAGCGACGUGUUCACACCAUUCACCAAUCUGACCAAGUUGAACUUGGCCCACAACAAUUUGCAGACGAUCAAGAAGUAACAAUCCUUUAGUUAGUUCUUCAAAUAUUGUAUUUUCUUUAGGCCAGUCUUCGAAUCCGUCAAAAAGACUCUUCAUCGUUUGGAUCUUAGCUACAACCGCAUCAAAGUGCUUCCUGACAAUGUGUUCGAAGGGCUCACCAACUUGAAAGUUCUCGUUCUGGACGGAAACCCGAUCAAAGUAUGGAGAAAGGAAAUCUUCACCGGAUUGGAUAGUCUGGAAGAGCUCAGUUUGGAUAAUUGCAAUCUGGAUGAUCUGCCCGCCGAUCUGUUUGAAUUCCUACCGUAUGUGUAAUCAUUCUGGACGCAAUUUUAGUGAAAGUUUUAAUUUUCAGAAAGCUUGUCGGAGUGUCACUGCGUCAAAAUCCGCUCGAAGAGAUUCCAACCGUUGUUGCCAAUCUGAAAACACUGAAGGAUGUGGAUAUGAGUGAAACAAACAUCACCGAGAUUCGUGAUCACGCUUUUGCCGGAGACUCCGAUUUGGAGGAGAUUAUCCUCGAAAAGAUGCCAUAUUUGUCUGUGAUCAGAGAUUGCGGAUUCUGCGGACUUCCAAAGCUGAAAAUCCUUUAUCUCAAUGAUAACUCUAAGCUGAUGGAGAUUCAUCCGAACGCUUUUGGAUUCAUCAAAUCGGAACCGGGACACAAGGCCGCUGCUAUCAACGAUUUUGCCAUCCACAACUCGAACGUCUCAACGAUCAGCGAGCACAUGCUCGACUACGACAAGCUGGACAGCUUCAAAAUCGGAGGAAACCCAUGGAACUGCGACUGUGACACUCAGUUCUUGCUCCAGGAGCAGUUCACCUUCAAGCAGGACUCCAUUGCUCCGAAGUGAGUCGAACUUCUAUGAAAUAACGAACGUCAAUAAAUAUUUUCAGGUGUGCGUAUCCGGAAGAACUGAAGGAUCAUCAUCUGGCAACUGUUCGCGUGACUGAUGCUUGUGAGGGUGCUCGUUUCCUCGGACGUUCUGGCCGGUAGGUGAUGUGUGUUCGUGUGUACUCUAACACUAAUGCACGUUUUCUUUGGUUUCUUUGCACCCUUAACAGUUUUUCUCACCACUUUAGAUUCAGCUCGGUGCUCGGACUUGCGCUUCUCGUCAUCUUCAUCUGCCUCGGGCUCUUCUAUAUGUACAGUUCCGGAAAGUUGGCCAGACUUGUUCGUCAGGUAAAAAUAAAAUGUUUAGGUUUAACUGUAUUAAUGCGCAUUGUAUUGCAGGUGAGAAAGGAGCCAGAGGUGUGCUACACAAACUUGCAAGCUGCCGGUGAGGACUACGCGUUGGAGACUGACUUCCAGCCGAGACCAGCUGAAGUUUAA